AUGACAGCCUGCUUGGAGUUUGCAAAAAGGCACCUCAAGGACUCUCACACCAUGACAAACAAGAUUCCCUGGUCUGGUGGAACCAAAAUUGAAAUCCUUGGCCUGAAUGCCAUGGGUCACGUCUGGAGAAAAACAUGGCACCAUCCCUACGAGAGACCCAAGUCUAAAGACGGAGACACCGUGGUGUACAGGCUGAAGGACUGGCCAUCAGGAGAGGAGUUCAUGGCCCUGAUGCCUUCCAGGUAUGAUGACCUGAUGAGGAAUCUGCCCCUGCCUGAGUAUUGUGACCCUGAAGGGAACCUCAACCUGGCCUCUCAUCUACCCAGCUUCUUCGUACGCCCAGACCUCGGACCACGCCUCUGCUGUGCUUAUGGAGUGUUGAAGAGACUGGAGGAGGAAGACUUGGACGACAGCGUGAAGAAGAGAUUAAAGGAUUCCAGCGAGACGCCUGGAGCCUUGUGGCACAUCUACAUUAGCAAAGAUGUGGAGAAAAUUAAAGACUUUCUGCACAAGCAGGUUGCUAAGGAGCAGGGGGCGGAGAUUUCAUCAGAGCACGACCCAAUCAGAGAGCCGGGCUGGUACCUGAGCAGGAAGUUGCGUCAGCGUCUGUGGGAGGAGCAUGAUGUGCAGGGCUUGACCGUGGUUCAGUUCCUGGGGGACUCUGUCCUCAUCCCUGCCGGGGCGCUGCACCAGGUGCAGAACCUUCACAGUUGUGUCCAGGUGAUAAAUGACUUUGUGUCUCCAGAGCAUGUAUUCCACUCCUUCCACCUGACACAGGAACUGAGAUCCUCCAGAGAAGAGCCCAACUACGAAGAUAAACUACAGGUAAAGAACAUCUUGUUCCACUCUGUGAAGGAUGCAUUGACGUCGCUGAGGAGGUACAGCCAGGAGGAGGAAGAGAACUCCUGACCCGUAGUCUCUCUGGCUCCUCCCUAUCUGGCUCCUCCCUCUCUGGCGCCACCCUCUCUGGCGCCACCCUCUCUGGCGCCAACCUCUCUGGCUCCUCCCUCUCUGAGACAUCUUCCUUCAGCCUGGAACAGAUAUAUACACACUGACACUAACCACAACAGCAGAACACACUACAACACACUAAAACUACAUGUUACUGACCAGCAUCACUACACAGCAUCAGGAUACUGACCAGCAUCAGGAUACUGACCACAACAGCAUCAAUACCCAGCAUCAGGAUACUAACCACAGCAGCAUCAGGAUACUGACCACAGCAGCAUCAGGAUACUGACCACAGCAGCAUCAGGAUACUGAGUUCAGCAG